UACAAUAAUACUAUACUCGUAUUAAAUGGAACCAGUGAUUGAUUUGGAAGAAGCUGUUGGAUCUUAUCUCAAUUGUUUAUCAACAGGGUGCGCUGCUGGCAGCAAGCUUUACACAAGUGUUGGUAAAAUUAUUGAUGAGAAGUUUCACGAAAUAUUCCAUGAUCAAGAACCACGCGACAAGUAUUUAAAAUCUAGUUUUCAGUUACUUCAAACUCAGAAUGCAUUUGAAGGUUAUCAGCAAGCACUGCUAGAGUGCAAAGAGAAACUUCUAGAGAUCCUAAUUGAUAGCCACACGAAGCGACAUCAACCGAACAAGAAUAAACAAGAUGGUUCUACUGAAGAGCAAUAUGCAUCAAUAGCUCUUCGUGUUGCCAAGGAACUAUACUGUUAUCACCAAACUGUUGCCGAUGUUUUGAAACCACUGUUAUUUUCUGAUUUUGAAGAAGAUUUUGAUAAUGUGAUGUUAACAGGGAUAGAGGGAAAGGAUCAAAUUGUUGCAGCAUGGUUGUCUAUUUCUGAGGCAAAUAAAUCAUUACGAAAUGGCUAUGGACUCACUAACCAAGAGAUAGGACAAGUUUUAUCGUGGCAGCAUGGUGAAGACAUGUCUGAAUCAUGUAGAAAGAGACUGAAUCAAAGAAUAAACAAUUUAGUACAGCAAUACAUUGAUAGACUAUUCUGCAAUGCUGUUUGUGAGGUGGACAUCCCAACAGCUUUUAACACUUAUCCAGAUGAACUUCAAAAAGUGCUACAGAACUGUUGUAGUCCUGCAGAAAGUUUUGCAGCGGCAUCUCAAGGAAUUCCUAUCAUCAAAGAAGAAAUUGAAGUCAUGUUGCACAGAGAGCUACCGCGUGUAUGCCUCCACUUAAAUCGAGAUGUUUAUGACAAGGCUAGUCCUGGUAAAGCAUUCGAAAAUACAACUCAGAAGCUGCAAGCUGUACGAGAUAUUAUUGCAAGGGUAAUUGAGCUAAAAAAGAUUGAUGUCACAAAAGAGCAAAUUGAUAUGUUUUGUUUGCGCAUCUUGGCUGCUUCAAGCUAUUCAAUAUCAAGUGCAUCAUCAAGAACAGCUGUUAUCAUAGCAUUUGGUAAAGCAAAUCUGUUGCAAGUGAAACCACUCUUAACACCUGAUGGCGAAAAAGUGGUUUACCUUGACGUGGACGAGAAUGGUAUCGAAAUAAAUGUUCCAUCCAAGUGGGCUAUUGUUGAAGACUCGAUUUUUUUUAAAUCUCUCUGUCGUGACAAGGUGACACAAACCGUAGCUACGGUUGACGUUUCGUAUCAUGCUGUAAUUGAUGUUGCAGACUAUCUUGUUAAAAGGAUGGAACCAAUACCUGUUGCGCGGGUAAACCAGUGUGUAUUGCGCCAGUCUCCAUCUAACCAAGUGAAAAAAGAACAGGGUCGAGAGAGAUCAAAAAGCAUCAAGAUUAAGUUGACGAAGGCAACAACGAAGUUUUUUCAGAGAAGAUCCAUCUUGAAAACUGAUGCAGAAGGAGACAUCAUUGCAAAUGAGUAUACAAAAGAACCUGAAGAUGAUUUAAGUUUGGACCAAAAAGGUAGUCCGUACAACACAUCAAGUGAUUCCCAAGAUGAAAGCCAACCAGUACCUCCUCCCCGACACAAACGCAAGGCGAAAAAAUCGAAAAAAGUAAAACCCGAUUCUCAGCAAAAGGAGAAGGAAAAAGUAAAUCAAGAGAAAAAAAAGGAAGAUUUGGCAUGGUUCUCAUCUUCUCCGAAGUUCGGCCUUCCACCACUACCAACAUUAUCAGGAUCAAAGGACCAGUCCCCUUCAGUGGCAUCCUUUGAAGAACUGCAAGGAGUCAUCGACUUUUUGUCUGGAUCGAGCUCAAGCAGUCUUGCGAUCAACGAGAAAUCGGACAAAAAUCGCAGCAAAACACACAAGCGAAACAACAGCAUGACGAAUCUGACGAGUGACACAAAUAAUGCAAAAGUGAUGGCGGAUGGAAAGCAGAAACUGUGUCACAAGAAAUCAGCAAGUUUUUCAGGCAAUACUGCAGACAUGACGGUUAAAGAUGGCAAAGAAUCAUCCCUGGAGAAACUAAAAGCAUCGUCAAAUCAGAAGAAGGAAGAAGAAAAAGGAUUCAAGAGCGAGAACAGCACUGUUGGUGAAAAUAAUUCUUCAGAAAAAAUUUUUUAUGCUGAUAAAAGUGAAUCGUCCGACGCUGGUUUUAGUCUAAACGUUGAACGAACGCCCGGCGAUGGAAUCGAUAACAGAGUUGUAUUAAAAUUAGCAUUUAACUCGACUGUUAAUGUUAACACUAAUAAAGGUAAUGAAGAUAAAAAACUGAUGCCUGUUGAUGAUAUAAAUUCGUUGAACAAGAAUAAAGAAAAUAGCAUUAGUGCGAAGACUGAAGCGGAAGACAACGAGAGUAACAACACGGUCGAGAUAGACACAAAAUUGAACGAUGAAAAGCGAAGCAAGCUGAAAUCACAGUUGUGUGUCAGCAUUGUUGAUGUAAAAAGUGAAUCUGCGAAAGAUCAUACUCCAGUACUUGUGACCGAGCUUGCGAAAUCGAAACCGGAUAUUCUUCAUACAGCUGGUGCAGAUAAAAUCUUCAAUAUAUCCUUGUCAUCCAUGAGUCUGCCAAAUACAGAAAAUGAGCCCAAUCCAAGUUUGUGCUCAAACAUAAUGCCAGGUGCAAGUAUGCCAUCGACAUUAGGUGUCAUGCCAUUGCAACGUAGUGAAGCAGAUGUUGUGUUCCCUGAUCCCACUCACAAACUCAAUACCGCUAUACCCUCACCAGGGUCAACUGUUAUACCAAAAAGUGGCGCUGUAGGCGCAUUCCAAACAAGAGAGCAGCUACUACAGCCAAAACAGCACACUUUGUACGAGCCUUUUAAUUCCAGACUUUCUUGGCCGGUUGGUUUAGGUAAUAAACUGGGUAGUUUAUGGUCUGAUGCAACUUUGGAAAAUGAAGGAAUGGUGAUUGUGAGAGAAGAAACGCAACAUGACAGCAAACAAAAUGAAACCCAGUUUACGUUAGAUAAGCAACAGGAUUUUCAGAAGUUGUUGGAAGGAUCCAAAUUUUUCACUGCAUAUAGAAACGGGAACGAGAAUUGGAAGGAUAGGUCAUAUAUUUCGGACCACCGAAACUCUUAUGAUGACACACAAUUAUACCCAAGUCCUUACGAGCAACCUUCACCAGACCCCUGGCCGAUUCAUUCCCAAUCAAGAAAUUACACGCCUCCCCCCCCUAACAACAACCACAACAUAUCAACACGCAACAUGGAGAAUCUUCAACUACCAGCUAACCCGGCUGGACCAUAUAUGCGUCAAAACCGCGAACAGUUACUCGCUAAACAACAAAUCCUUGAGCAAUACGCUCGCCAACAAAAGCAACUCCAGCUACAAAAACAAGCCAUGUCUCAUCAGAGCCUGGCUAAUCAACUUGGUGAUAACAGUGCAUUUAACAACUAUCGAUUAACCAAUAAUAGCCGGUUUAAUGUAGACAGAGUAGCUUCGGUACCACCUGGUAUGAAUCACCUUAUUAACAACGCCAUUUCAAGCAGAUAUGAUGUUUUACCUGACCGUCUUUCUCUUCACCGCCCUUUGAAUAGCCAGCGCAGCGUACCGUCUCAAUUUGGUAAUGGAAUCUCUGGUGUACAGUAUCGCUCCGUCAGUGAUAUUCGUUUGGACAGCGCUGGAAUGUUGCAGGAACGAAUUCCGUUUUCACAAAUGAGCGAACGCAAUUUAUUUCUGGACCAGUUCAAUCAAAACUCAGAUCUAUUCACACCUCAAUAUUAAAUUAAUUAAGAUGGGACGUGCUGACGCUUGCUUGCAGUAAUAAUUUAAUAUGAAACUUUGCCGACUGUUCCUCUCUGUUUAACGUAAAGUUAAACAACUUUAUAAAUUGUACUCUAUUAUAUCUACAUUCGAAUUAUUUUCUAUUGCAUGAUCUUGAGUGAACAAAAGAUGUGAUGCAGAGAAGAAGUGCUUAUUUUUUUAAACAUGCAGUCAAACAAAACAAGUAAUAUUUUCUCCUGUGAACCUGUCUUAAAUUUGUGUUAACGAGGGGGUACAUAGAGUUUCAGAACUAUUUACUUCAAAUCUUUCAGGGAAAUAAAAUUUGUAAAAACUGAUGUUAGGAGAAACCAUCGUAGAUGAUUUUAAAGGCAAUCGUAGUGUUGUAUUUCAGGAAUAAGGAAGCGAUAAAAAAUGUGUUGUUUUAGAAACACAUUUUUAUAUAUAAUAUAUAGUUUUCAUGAGUACUAUUAUUUGGACUAAAGUUUAUACGACAUGUGAGUAAACGCGACGUGUAAAUAAACCUUUGAAAUUUUCUGAAGAGAAGAUAAAUGUUUGGGUUCAGCGGGACAGCUGUGUUAUUAAAGGAUUUGCAGAUCAUUCUUUCUUCUUUUAUUAUGUUUCUCAUCCGCGAGAACAAGAGAGUAAUUCUCAAAAAUUCAUUUCUGUGAGAACCAGCUGGUCUGGCCUUACUACAAAGAACUGAUUUGAUUCUUGGGCGGUUAGAUUAUAGAGAUACUUAUAAGAUUAGGAUUAUUGUAGUUAUUUUUUAUAUGACGUCAUUGACUUAUUAGGCUAAAUGUUUAAUAUUGGCUGCAAUCUAUUAUUGAUGUCGGUUAAUGGACAAUUUGGAGGAGAUCAUGUCCGGCCUCGUUUGUGUUACAGUACUUUUCUGUUGUCAAAAGAAUUAAAAAUAAAUACUAUUUGGUUAGCUUUGACAUUUCUCUCCUUCGCAUUUUCUGAAGAAAUAUUUCUUUGUAAGAGUUUCAUAGUAGUGAAUUCAAAUAGCAUUAAUCUUGUUCGUAGAGGAGAAGUUGUAAUUACUUGAUUUAAAAACACCACGUAAAGAAGCUGUUGGUGAAUGUAUUUCCUGAGAUCAAAGUUGUGAAAUGUAAAUAUA